CCCCACAGUGAAAAGCUGCUGGUUAUAAAAUGCUGCUACCCACGGGAACUGACACCUUUUCCCCCUCCCGGGCUGUUUGCAACCGAAGAUGUCCAGGUCGGUCCUUGUGUUGAUGGUGUCCAGCUUUCUGGUUACUAACGUUACGUGGGCAGGUGAGUAGAAUUGCGCAGACAAUUAAGUUAAGGACAUGGGUCUGACAUGCUUUAUUUGUAUGAAGAAGUUUCUAAUUUAACCAAUUAAUUUUAAAAUAUGAACAGUUUUUUUUUUUUUUUUUUUUUUUUUUUUUUUUUUUAAACUGGCAAUCCUUUUUUCCUUUUUCGUUUUUUGUUUUAUUUUUUUUUUUGUUUGGGGUUCCCCCUUCAAAAAAAAAAAUUCUUCAGGGUUAAUUUUAUUUUUAUUUUUUCCAUUUUUUUUUUAAUUUUGUCUUUUUUUUUUUUUUUUUUUUUUUUUUUUGUUUUUUUAUUAAACUGGCAAUCCUGUUUUGCUCUUUCAGUUUUUGUGUUCAUUUUUUUUUUGGUCGGAGUUUUCCCAUGAACAAAAAAAAUUCUGCAGGGGUAAUUUUGCUUUUCUUAUAUUUAAGUAGAAAAAUAGUUUUAAUUAUGAGUUUAGGCUUAAGUAUAAAGUUAAGCUGCGUUUAUCUCAUGUUCGAGGCUGUACAGCUGAACUUCGGUAUAAAGCUUAGCCUAAAAAUGGAUUUCAUUAUUUAUAUUCUACACUAAAUCUUUACCUGGUUUUUCUUUGUACAGAAACGCACUGGGACAGGAUUUUGCAGCUUUGUGUAGAAAAAAUAUCCUAACUACUCAACUUAAUUUAUAAGAUUACUUAAUACUUAAGUAACCAACUUUUUGUUGGUUGUUUUUGUCCCCUAAUUUUGCUAUACGACCCAUUUAGUUUGUUAUAAUUUUUUAACUUGUGUAAAAUGGCAGAUUUAGUUUUAAAAAAAUAUUUAAAACAUUUCUAAACAGAUACAUACUCCUUUUUUCUUAAAAUUUGUUUUUCCUCAGUUAAGCUCCCAGUGCAGCCGUGUCCCAUGAUACACUGUUUAGAUCUGGUGUGUCCUAACGGGGUGGAGACGGAUGGGUCUGGCUGCGAUACCUGCAGAUGCAAACCACAAGUCUGCAAACCCGAUUACUGCGCUAUAAAAUGUGCACAUGGUCUGGCCACCGACUCAAACGGCUGCCAGAUGUGUCGGUGCAAGGUCAAGGAAUGCCCCGCCAUCAAGUGUCCCACAAAACAACUGUGUCCCUACGGUUACGCCAACGACUCUGACGGCUGCCCCACCUGCGCUUGUGGGUCCCCGUCUUGCCGGCCGCGGGUCUGUGACACCAUCUGCCCCGGCGGGUACGCCUUGGAUGCCAACGGCUGCCCGACGUGUCAAUGUGCAUGCCUUAGGGUCGCUUGUGAAUGUCGUUUUGGGACCAUCUGGCGGACAGACGCCUACGGCUGCAGAAGAUGCUCAUGUCCAAAUGGACCUGUCCCACUGUAAGAAAACAUUAGUGUGCAAUGAUUCCCAACCUACCUUACUUUGAUUUAAAUUUAUUACACAUCAUUUGAUAUAGUUUUCAUGUCGAUGUGUCAUGUAUGAAUAAAAUAUGUAUUUAAUCAUAUCUUGGUAUAAAAACUCGCUACUCCGCAAUGUAUAAGACGUUAUUUUAAAAACUUCAAUAGAAAAAAAUUUUUGGGCUGUUUUUUGUGUUUUAUCAUUUUUUAAAAAGACAUUAUAAUGCGCAUAUCAAACAUUUCUACAUAAUACGAAAAAAAGGAGAGGAAAAAAAAAGAAAUACUUUGCAUGAGCAAAAAUAACCUUACUUAUUUUAUUCACGCAAUCAUCUGCAUUGUAUUAUUUUUCGUCAUCUGUCAUUAUAAUGUUCGAAUUGAGAGUUACACAAUAAGAAACUAUUUUGAAUUCCA